AUGUCGGAAGAAAGCAGCGCCUUGAAACAAGAGGGCGCCGGAUCCUCAAUGCGUGCAGGCAAGAGGUCGACAACCUUAGCGGCAUGUCGUCGCUGCCGCCAGCGGAAGAAGCGGUGCGAUGGCAACCGGCCCACCUGCUCUGAGUGCGAAAGAUCAAAUAUUGCAUGCGAUUAUAAAGCUGUCGCUGCAAACGAGACCAGAGGUCGUGCAGCCAGGCGACACACUGCCGCGCUGCAGAUGCAACUCGACGAGAUUGCCGCGAGCCUGACUAGACUGAAGUUGAUGUCCCAUGACGAUGCGGUGUUCUAUCUGUCCACUCUAAGGUCGGCCAGUGACCCGGUUACUGUACUGCGAUCGGUGGGCAAUGGAAUUCCCACAUUGCCAGUAUCCGUUUCGGAAUCUUCCAAUAUUCUCAGAAUACUCCAUUCCACGCGGACGGGACUGGAUUGCGCUCUUGGGCUGGAGCAUCCGAAGCUCUACCCUCUACUUCCCAUGGAGACUGGCGCGUCCAAGGAGGCCGUUAGUCAGGAAAUCUCACCAGCGUCGCGAACGAGAUUCGAUAAGACAACCUAUGCUGCGGUCGAACCGGUCGCAGUCUCUUUCGCAGGCCACUUCAGAACAGCUGCUCUACGGCUUUCAAAAGCUCUGGGAAACGAUGAGUCAAUCAUGAACGUUGCCUCACUGUUUUGCUUAACAGUUGGCUCUAUCUGUUCUGGCGACGAUGCUGGCGCGAAAGACCAUCUUCGUAGCUCUCUGCGGAUGUCCGUCGCCCUGCGACUGCAUGGCAAGGACAGUGCUGACCCAACAGAAUUGGGCCUAUUCGCCCCCGAUUGGCUCAGUGCAUAUUCUCAUGUUGCUUGGAGCUCCUAUAACUUUUGUUGUAUAUACAUCUCCCACUAUCGAAGCAAAGAUUGGAUGGAUUUCCAUUCUGUUUGCAUAUCUGGAUCCAGAGAGUCCUGCAUCUCAAGGCCUUCCGCUCUCAUUCGCCGAGGAGAGGUAUCAAAAGCUGCUGGAAUGGGCGGAUCGACUCCCUGCGGCACUCGCUUUGUCGAACGACACGCCGCAUCACGCGGCAAUCCUGCAAUCAGCAUGUCUUUCCAUUCGAUGGUCAUGGAGCUUUUCCGCCCCUUCCUAGGCAGGAAGUUGAGACUUGCGUGGUUUCCGUAUCCUGGCACUGCACCAGAAGAAGUGUUCGUAUCCUCCGCUAACCGCAUGGUCGAGCUUUUCCGCUUCUACCACACCAAAUUCAAAGACACAUCGUUCGCUCACACGAUUACGUGGCUUAUCGCACCCGUCUACACCGCACACAUAUCCCUUAAAGGCGUCGCAGACACUUUUGACCAACGACGUCUGGACUUCCAAUUGUGCGCAGAUGCCCUCAUGGGUCUCGGCGUGGUGGCCCCUAUGAAAGAAAGUAUCGUGAGGGGAAUCAUGAACAUGGCAAUUCAAGGAGGGUUGUUUGACGUAAGAGAGUCGAAAAAGGUGCUGGCGAAGGUAUUCGAGGGUCAUGCACAGUAG